CAAUCGUUGCACGCCAAGUAUCGGUCGACGCCCAUCGCUAUCAAAUAGAAAUUUUAGUGCUGAGUUAAGAAUUUUCCCUUUUUUUGCACAGUUCACGCGUUUUUUAUAAACAAGGGGCUUAAUAGAGCUCAAGGCAGGGUAUAAAACAGUUCAUAGAGUGAUUAGUUGCAAGCCUAAAACGCCUUACAAGCCAGAAAACUCGCAGGAAAACCCAACAACAACGCACAUAUAGCUGCCCGUGCGUCUGUGUGUGUGCGUUGUAUGUGCGUUUUUUUGUUUAUUUGGCAAAUUCGGUGGCCUACGUGAUUAAAAUAAGCACAAGCGGACUCAAGUGAAAUGUUGGCUAAAACGUCCGAGUGCCGUAAUUCGCAUUGAUAACAAAUAGCCAUAAUCUGCGAGCGUGUGUGUGUGUGAUUGCCUCAUUUGGCGAAGGUGAGGUGGGGUAAAAAACGCUGGGAGAGCAGUCAAGGUUAAAAUCGGUCGUCGCCUUCGGCUCUCCUCUCCCGCAAAAUGCAAUGAGCAGGGGUCGCGGAAAGGUCAGGGAUUCAGCAAGCCAUUCCGGCUCCCACUCCGCAUCCAAAUCGGCCAUGGACCCGCCGCGCUGCUCCAUCUGCGGCACUCAGCAGCAGCUGCUGCGCUGCGCCAAGUGCAAGGCCGUCUACUACUGCUCCCCCGCCCACCAGCAUCUCCAUUGGCCCGACCACCGCACCGAGUGCCGCCUCCUGACCCGCCAAAAGCUCAACAGCAGCAACAACAACAAGCAGCAGCAACUCCAGCAGCAGCAGCAGCGGCAGCAGAUCCAGCAACUGCAACAAGCUGUGGCAUCUGCCAAUCUGGAAGGCAGCGGCGCCGGCGCCAACUGCUCCACCGCCCAGAUGAUGACGCCUGCCCACCAGGCGCAGAGUUGGCCCGCCGAGGUAGACAACCUGCUGAAUCUCCUCGGGCAGCCGGGCAGCCAAGAGAAGGCGGCAGCCGCGGAAACGGAAGCGGGUCAAAGGCAGCAGCAGCACCAGCAUCAUCACCAUCAUGGCGAAAAGAGCUCCAGCUAUCAAAUCGGUCUGGCGGAUGCCAGCUUCAUGGGAUCAGGAAGUGAGCGCCGCUAUGAGGAUCUGUGCCGCAACAUCAUCAGCGACAUGAACCAGUAUGGUCUGUCCGUGGUGGACGACUUCCUGGGCAUGGAGACGGGCCUGAAGAUCCUCAACGAGGUUCGAAGCAUGUACAACGCAGGAGCCUUCCAAGAUGGCCAAGUGGUGACCAACCAGACGCCCGAUGCACCCGCGGUGCGUGGCGACAAGAUCCGAGGCGACAAGAUCAAGUGGGUUGGUGGCAAUGAGCCGGGUUGCAGCAAUGUCUGGUAUCUGACCAAUCAGAUUGACUCUGUGGUGUAUCGUGUCAACACGAUGAAGGAUAAUGGCAUCUUGGGCAACUACCACAUCAGGGAGCGCACGAGGGCAAUGGUCGCCUGUUAUCCCGGAUCGGGAACUCACUACGUCAUGCAUGUGGACAAUCCCCAAAAGGAUGGCCGUGUUAUAACGGCCAUAUACUACCUGAAUAUCAACUGGGAUGCGCGGGAAAGUGGCGGCAUUCUGCGAAUUCGGCCAACACCCGGAACCACAGUGGCGGAUAUUGAGCCCAAGUUUGAUCGCCUGAUAUUCUUCUGGUCUGACAUUCGGAAUCCCCACGAAGUGCAGCCCGCUCACCGUACCCGCUAUGCCAUCACCGUCUGGUACUUCGAUGCCAAGGAGCGCGAGGAGGCCCUUAUUAGGGCCAAACUGGAAAACAGCAAGACGAACAAUCUCGCAGCUCAAGCCCAAGCCCAACAGGCUGAACCAGACUCCACCACCACACCACCCGCAGCACCAGCUUCAUCCGCAUCCAGUCUGCCGGCUAGCAUGUCCACGGGAACGGGAGCGCUGAACGCCAAUGUUUCGAGUAAUUCCUGCGCCACCAGCAGCGAAAUAUGCACGUAACCCAAGCCGGCAGCGCAGCUAUAGGGCAACCAAAAAGUGUAAAUUAUUUCCAACCAAACACACAUGUAUAAAGCUAGUUAAAAACUAUUUAUAGCUUCGGACGGGCGGCAGCCCAAGCCCGCAUUGCGAAAGUUAAUCAAAGCUCCUUUAGUCGUUAAGCCUUCUAGUUUAGUCUCUAAGUCGUACCCUUAGUCAUUCUCGCAUUAACCAUUAGCUUACUGCCAUGUCAGCGUCCGAGUUGGUUGUUUAUUAAUUUUAGUUUGUUGCAUCUUUGUCAGGACCUUUUGCCUAGCUCAUUCUUAGUUUUUGGCUGCCAAAGUAUUAUACCUAAAGAGAAGUUAACUAGAUUCAAUAACAUAAGCAACUGUCGCGACGCUCAUUGCAUAUUAUCUCAAAAUUAUUUAACAAGCCAGUUAAUCGUGAGCAAACGCGGUUACUGGCUAACACUCAAUCUGUCGACUCUCAUGCAUCUUGUUAGACAUCUUUUUGAUAUCGUUUACAUCUAAUAACAAACGGAAAUAAAUGUUUGUCCGAAAUACGUUCUCUUGUUAUCUGUAAAUCAUGAAAUAUGUAUAUUUAUGACAUAUCUACAUAUUCGAUGUAUAUUUUUUAUAUUAAACAAAAGCCUGAGCUGA